CCGCGGGGCGAGGAGGAGGAGGAGGAACCGCUGCUGCGGGACAACCCCCGCCGCUUCGUCAUCUUCCCCAUCCAGUAUCACGACAUUUGGCAGAUGUACAAGAAGGCCGAAGCUUCCUUCUGGACGGCGGAGGAGGUGGACCUUUCCAAAGACAUCCAGCACUGGGAGUCACUGAAGCCUGAGGAAAAGUACUUCAUUUCUCAUGUCCUUGCCUUCUUUGCUGCCAGCGAUGGCAUUGUCAAUGAAAACUUGGUGGAGCGGUUCGGUCAAGAAGUACAAAUAACAGAAGCUCGUUGUUUCUAUGGCUUCCAGAUUGCCAUGGAAAAUAUACAUUCAGAAAUGUACAGUCUUCUUAUUGACACCUACAUUAAGGAUUCUAAAGAGAGGGAAUUUCUUUUUAAUGCUAUUGAAACAUUACCAUGUGUUAAAAAGAAGGCUGACUGGGCCAUGCGCUGGAUUGCAGACAAGAAAGCAACGUAUGGAGAACGUGUAGUAGCCUUUGCAGCAGUGGAAGGAAUCUUCUUUUCUGGCUCUUUUGCAUCAAUUUUUUGGCUGAAGAAAAGAGGAUUAAUGCCUGGACUCACUUUUUCUAACGAACUCAUCAGUAGAGAUGAGGGUUUGCACUGUGAUUUUGCCUGCCUCAUGUUCAAGCACUUGAUACGCAAACCUUCAGAGGAGAGAGUAAAGGAAAUCAUCAUGAAUGCUGUUCUCAUAGAGCAGGAAUUCUUGACGGAGGCGCUGCCUGUGAAGCUGAUUGGCAUGAACUGCACUUUAAUGAAACAGUACAUAGAGUUUGUAGCAGACCGGCUUAUGUUGGAACUGGGAUUUAGCAAGAUAUACAAAGCGGAGAAUCCUUUUGACUUCAUGGAAAACAUCUCUCUGGAAGGCAAGACCAACUUCUUUGAGAAGCGAGUAGGUGAAUAUCAGAGGAUGGGAGUCAUGUCGAAGCCCACAGACAACUCUUUCACUCUGGAUGCGGAAUUUUAAAUGAACUGAGACUAUAUAAGUUAGUGUGUAUGCUCCCUGUUUACAGAGAAACAUUAAGUAUAUUGAGUCAGUGUGACUUGAUUCCAGUACUAAAAUCCCACUCUUGAAAAGUGUGGAGAUAUUGGUACUUUUCAGGAGGCUAGUGUAGCUCCAGCAGUGAAAUCCCUUUUUAUUAGACUUCACCAAUGGUGUUAAUUCAUAGAGUGUUUAGAUGGAUCUCUUAACAACAUAUGCUACUCCAUUUUGUGAAAGAUACAGGCACCUUCCUUCUGCAGGAGGGGAG